AGUGAUUAUGUCGAAUCCUCAGGAUGAAUUAUGUCCCCCACCGACUGAUGACGAUGAACUCACCCUCCCUAGGGCUAGUAUAAAUAAAAUGAUAAAAGAAUUGAUUCCAUCAAUUCGCGUUGCAAACGAAAGUCGGGAGUUGAUCUUAAAUUGCUGCACAGAAUUUAUCCAUCUUAUCAGCUCAGAAGCAAAUGAGGUGUGCAAUUUACGCAAUAAGAAGACAAUAAAUGCCGAGCACGUUCUAGAAGCUCUCGAGAGAUUGGGAUUUCGAGAUUACAAGCAAGAAGCAGAAGCUGUUCUUAAUGAUUGCAAAGCUGUAGCUGCAAAGCGUCGCAGACAAAGUACCCGACUGGAGCAUUUAGGCAUUCCUGAGGAAGAACUUCUGCGACAGCAACAAGAGCUUUUUGCGAAGGCACGUGAGGAACAAGCAGCAGCUGAGCAGGCACAGUGGAUUAGCAUGCAGACGGCUGUACAACAAAAAGAACCCAAUGCAGAUCAUGACGACAUUGAAGAGGAGUACUAGUUUAUUGUUUUUUUUUCUAUUCCUUUAUUUUAUGCAUUUGCAAAUAUACGACCAAAAUAUUAAAAAGCAA